AUGCGCUCGGCGCUCUCUCGCCUCUGCCUGCCCGCCUCCCUCCGGGAAGCCUCUGCGCUCAAAACCUCGGCCCUGAGGCCUCGACUCGGCUGUUGGAGGCUGAGUUCAAAAAUGGGCCGUCGCUCCUCGGACACAGAAGAAGAGAACAGAAGCAGAAGGAAGAAGAAGCACCGCAGGCGUUCGUCUUCAAGCAGCUCCUCAGACAGCAGGACGUACAGCCGUAAAAAGUCUGGGAGGAAGUCGAGGUCGAGGUCCCGCUCCCGGGAUGCGCAGUCACGUUCACAUUCGUAUGAGAAAAGGCGCAGGCACAGAUCGAGCAGUAGCUCUUCCUAUGGCUCCAGAAGGAAACGCAGUCGCAGCCGAUCGAGGGGCAGAGGGAAAUCCUACAGGUCUCAAAGAUCGAGGUCAAAAAGUAGAACGAGGAGAUCGCGCUCAAGACCUCGACAGCGUUCCUAUAGUCGGAGCAGUGAAAGAUCCAGUCACAGGAGGACUCACAGUGGGUCUCGUGAAAGAGAGCGGCGUAAAGGCAGAGAGAAAGAAAAAGUGAAAGAGAAAGGCAAAGGCAAAGAGAAGGAGAUGUGUGGCACGAAGCUGGGGGAUGCUGGAAACAUCAAAGCUGGAUUAGAACAUCUGACUCCUGCAGAGCAGGCCAAGGCUCGAUUGCAGCUGGUGCUGGAGGCGGCGGCUAAAGCAGAUGAAGCCUUAAAGGCUAAAGAGAGAUGUGAAGAAGAAGCGAAGAAAAGGAAGGAAGAAGACCAAGCCACCCUGGUAGAGCAAGUGAAACGAGUGAAAGAAAUUGAAGCUAUUGAAAGUGACUCCUUUGUUCCACAGACAUUCAGAUCAAGUAAAGAAGUCAAAAAGUCAGUAGAGCCUCCCGAACUAAAGUACGAACCUGUAACUAUAGGAGCAGGAUCUGUCGAAGCAUCUGCCCCCGAAAAAGAAACAGUGCCUGCCAGUAUUCCUACUGCCAUCAAAUACCAGGAUGAUAAUUCUUUAGCACAUCCAAAUCUGUUCAUUGAGAAGGCAGAAGCAGAAGAGAAGUGGUUCCAGAGGCUGAUUGCUCUGCGGCAGGAAAGGCUGAUGGGCAGUCCGGUGGCCUGAGCAAACUGCUGCAACCAUCCAGUAUGAGUUCUGUGAGCGCUGCGAAAUCCCACCGUCAGACUGUUCUGUUUUUGUCUUUUGAGAGGAUUUUAACAGUCAGUAGGAGUUGUACAGAGAAUAAAUAUUUCAUCUGAAUACA